AUGCCCAAGCGGAAGUCGGAGUUCUCAGAAGGGGCCGUCGUCGCCACACUAAUACAAGAGGUCAGGAAACGACCCUGCCUAUGGAAUAGCGACGACCAAGACUACAAUGAUAGAAUUAAUAUGGGUACAGCUUGGGAGGAAAUUAGCACAAUUUUGGACGUUUCAGUCGACACAGUACGAAUGAAAUGGAAGAACCUACGAGAUUUUUUCAAAAAAAUAAUCAAGAAGCGUGGUAUCAAAGACGUUGAUGAUUAUUUAGAGCAGGGCUCUGUUCGCGGGAACUGUGUGCAGCAGACCGUAGUUGGGACAAACACUGGCUGU